UUAAUUCAGUGUGGCCGUCUCUUUCAGUUUUUUCAAAGCCCGCCCACUGACCAUUAUCAGCACAGACCUUAUAUAUGCAGCCUGUUGCUGUUGUUUACGAGUUCUCACACUUUGCAGAGGAUCAGCCUAAACUCCCAGCCAAGCAGCAACCAUCAUGAGAGAGUUCAAGAGCAAGGAUUUCUGGAGGGCCGUCCUGGCCGAAUUUGUUGGCAUGACCCUUUUCAUUUUUCUCAGCAUCUCCACAGCUAUCGGGAACAGUAACAACACAAAUCCAGACCAGGAGGUGAAGGUGUCUCUGGCCUUUGGACUAGCCAUUGCCACGCUGGCCCAAAGCUUAGGACACAUCAGUGGAGCCCACCUAAACCCUGCAGUGACCCUUGGGAUGCUUGCCAGCUGCCAGAUCAGUGUUUUAAAGGCAGUCAUGUACAUUGUGGCUCAGAUGCUGGGUUCAGCCCUGGCCAGUGGUAUUGUGUAUGGAACACGCCCAAACAGCACGGCUGCGCUGGGACUUAAUUCUCUCAACGGUGUCACUCCCAGCCAAGGCGUGGGCAUCGAGCUACUGGCAACCUUCCAGCUGGUUCUGUGUGUCAUUGCAGUCACUGAUAAAAGGCGGCGUGAUGUCACAGGCUCAGCACCCCUGGCCAUUGGCCUCUCGGUGUGCCUGGGACAUUUGGCAGCUAUCAGCUACACAGGCUGUGGAAUCAAUCCUGCUCGCUCCUUUGGCCCUGCUUUGAUCCUGAACGAUUUCACAAACCACUGGGUGUACUGGGUGGGUCCAAUGUGCGGUGGUGUUGCAGCGGCUCUCAUACACGAUUUCUUGCUCUCACCCAAAUUUGAUGACUUCCCUGAGCGUAUGAAGGUCCUGGUCAGUGGUCCAGUGGGCGACUACGAUGUAAACGGAGGCAACGAUGCCACGACUGUGGAAAUGACAUCGAAUGUUUCAGGUGUUCUGGGCCGGACCAACGUGUGCCAGUGUGGUGGCAAUGCUUCAUUGAACGGGUCAGACACUUUGGAAGCAAAGAUGGCAGAGGUUAAGAGCUGGUUGUUCUGGAGAGCUGUAGCGGCAGAAUUCAUAGGAAUGCUGCUGUUCAUAUUCAUUGGUCUGUCAGCUAUCACUGGAACAAACCAGUUUAAAGACAAUCCAGUGGUGAAUAUCUCUCUGGCCUUUGCUCUGGCCAUAGCCACGCUGGCUCAGAGUUUAGGGCAUAUAAGCGGAGCACAUCUGAACCCUGCAGUGACUUUGGGCCUGUUGUUCAGCUGUCAGAUCAGUGCACUUAGAUGUGUGUGCUACAUACUGGCUCAGAUGCUUGGAGCUGUUGCAGCCAGUGCCAUCGUGAAUAGUUAUAAACCUGGCCAAUCUCUUGGCAUCAAUAAGCUAACAGUGAAUCAAAGUGCCGGAUUUGUCAUCGAGUUCCUAGCCACUCUUCAGCUUGUUCUGUGUGUUAUAGCAGUGACUGAUAGCAGACGAAAUGACGUGAAAGGCUCUGCGCCACUAGCUAUUGGUCUGUCAGUGGGAGUUGGACACUUUGCGGCUAUGGGAUUUACAGGCUGUGGUAUUAACCCUGCUCGAUCCUUUGGACCAGCUGUGGUACUUGGAAGGAUGGAAGACCACUGGGUGUACUGGCUAGGUCCAAUGUGUGGGGGUGCAGCAGCAUCUUUUAUCUACGAUGUCCUCCUGUAUCCGCGAGCACGUGACUUCAGAACUCGAAUGCUCAUCUUGCGUAAUGGUCCAGAUGAAGAAAGCAGUUCAGUUGAACGUAUUGCAGAGGACGGCAAUCGCACGGGGUCAAGUCAGUGGCCAAAGCAAUGAACAAAAGGAAACCGCUUAGCUUUAGUUAGUCAGCACUUCAAUGCAACUUCUACUUUUUUCGCAGGUAUUGCUUUACAUAAUAUGUGCAGAUUACAAAUGGGUGUCUAUUAAUAAAGAGUUUUGAG